AUGGCUGAAGAAUUCAUUCAUGAAUAUGCAAGAUUCAUUGGGUUCAGCCUACGUAAAAGUAUCAUGCAAAAAAAUACUACAGGUGAUGUACGUCAACGUCAGUGGGUAUGCUCCCGCGAGGGCUGGCGGUCUGAAAUGCAUGUGGGAAGGCUUGAUAGAACUAGGGAGCCUAAGCCAAUUAGUCGAGUGGGAUGCAAGGUUUGCUUUCGAGUGAACUUGGUGAAGGGUAGUAGGCAUUGGAUAUACAAAGAAUUCAUCCCAAUUCAUUCUCACAACGUUGUAGCAGACAACCAUAAACAAUUCCUUCGGUCCAACUGGGUAAUCUCAGAAGGAACCUUGACGACUGCACAAAUAAUGAAGGAGUCAGGCAUAAGAACUUUCCACAUCAUGUCGUACAUGGCCAAGCAAAUGGGUGGUUAUGAGAAGAUUCCAUUCACAUCGAAAGAUCUUUACAAUCGAAUAUCCCAUGCUUCAAAAGUUGAGUUUAUCGGUUCCAAUGCAGGGCGGGCAAUCGGAUAUUUGGAGCAUAAAGCUGAUGAGGACCCUGGUUUUUUUGGACAGUUUUCGUACAAUGAGGAUAAUCGCCUUCUUAAUUUAUUUUGGGCAGAUGGGAGAUGUAGAUCAGACUAUGAAACAUAUGGCCAUGCAGUAGCUUUUGAUUCGAUGUACAAGACUAAUAGUUAUGGGAAGCCACUGCUGAUAUGGAUAGGAAUUAAUAACCACUAUAGCACGUGCAUUUUGGGCUUUGCCAUUCUUGACAAUGAGUCUGGCAGCAGCUACAAGUGGGCGACAAGGGCUUUCCUGGAAUGCAUGGGAGGUGUUCUACCCAAAACAGUAGUGACAGAUGGAGACGAAGCUAUUGCUAACACGCUAGAGGAGUUGAUGCCUGAUGUACCCCAUCGAUUGUGUUAUUGGCAUUUACACAACAAAGCUGUUUUAAAAGUGAAAGAUCCAUCUUUUGCGAGUAGGUUUACCAAAUUGGUAUUCUGGUACUACACAAAGGACGAGUUUGAAGAUAAAUGGUGCGACUUAGUGAAAGAUUUUGGGAUACAAGGCACUGAAUAUGCUGCAAAACUUUAUGCAGACAAGGAGAAGUAG